AUGGCGUCGCACGGACUCGAGGCGUCCUUAGGGAUGCCGCGGGGACCACCCGCGCCGAGCGAACGCGAACGACCGCCGACGCCGCGGGAAGAGCUCGCGCAGGCGUCCGCGCCCGCGUCGCCGCCGGCGGCGGACGCCGCGACGCUGCGGCCGACGGUCGUGCACACGCGGCACGACGCGCGCGCGCUGUUCGACGGCGCGCGCGGAGGCGGCGCCGGCGCCGGCGCCGGCGCGGCGGCGAACGCGCCCGCGGCGCGGCGGCAGCAGCAGCGGUCGCCGAGCGGCGCGGCGACGAACGCGUCGAACGCGCGCGCGCCGCUGCCGUCGUCGCCGCUGCGACCGCGCGACCAGCGGCAACAGCAGCAGCCUCCCUCGAACGUCGCGGCGGCGGCGAGAGGCGGCGAAGGAGGAGGAGGAGGAGGAGGAGGAGGAGGAAGCGGAUGGCGACGCGUGAAGGCUGCGGUCAGCACGAUGUCAUUCAUCGAUCGCGUCGGCAAGAUGGCGGCGCACGCGCGGCCGUCCACGCUCCGCGAGCGGUCGCUCUCCCCGGCGUUCUCGUACGCCUCCGCGCUCGUGCCGACGCUCACGGAGGACGGCACGUCGAUCGGGUCGUACGGCGAGAGGUUCGACCGCGCGAGACGCGCCGACGCCAACGCCAUGCCGGAGUACUGGGUGCGUCCUGUUUACGCCGCACUGGUUUCAUCGAUCCCGACGCGCCUCGACGCCUUUCAACUCCACUUCUGA